AGCGCCUGAGACCCCCUUCGGACCAACUUGUCGGCCUGCAUGCCCUGGAGAUUGAUUUGCUCUUCUUUCUUCUUUCUUCUCUCUUCUCACACUCGUCCAACCUCAUCCCGUCCGCCUCUAAACUUCUUCGAACCACACGCAAUCCCGACGCCGCGGUCGCGCAUCCGAGACCUGUGGGAGCCCUGAGCGCAGCACCUAACCGCGCUCUCAUCAGUCAUCCCUCACUCAGCCCAGUCCGUCACUCGUCUGGACCGCGCUGCGCCACCGCACUCGUCCGUAGUCAACGACUAACUAACGUGCUGAAGCAGCCCAGCGAGCGCCCUCCUCCGACCCGGGCCGUGGUGGUGGCACCCGCCCGCGCGGCCGCUGCGGUGGGCUGCUGUCACCGCCGUCGCCUCCGUCUCGCUCGCUCUACCUCAUCUCAUAGGUUCUAACUACCUUAUACUGCCAGAGCGGCAGGUAGACGCACCACACCAGAUCACGCCAGACCUGACCACCACCACCACCACCGGCCACCACCACUUCCUCCGCGCAGUUUCCGCCCGUCUUCCCCUCCGUUCCCUGAACCGCACAUCGAUCCUCGACGGCGCGCAAAAAAGGGACCAGGUCGCUCCUUUGCCGGCAUCGCGCAUCCACCGCCAAGCCCUGCCGCGCGCACACGGCUCCAGCCGCCCGCGCCGCGUUUCUGUUGCCGUCCUCGACUGUUACUGUUACGUACGACACUUCUCUCGCGCGAGGGAACCGGCCGAGUCGUCGUGUUGCGCCCGCCGGACGACCCGGCCCGCCGACAAGUCGCCGCCACUACCACCAUCACGCAUGCGAGGCCGACCGCAACCUCCGCUGGCAUAGAACGGGAUCAUCGCGAGCCGUAGCCGCCCCGGGCCACCCCGAGGUGCUCCCACGCAGGGGACCGACGGCCAUGCCAUCGCCGUCGUCGCCAGCAGGGGCCCAGCGGCCGGGCAGCACCCGCGUGUCCACGUCGACGUCGUCGCCCGACCUACCCGUCGCCGCCGAUGCCCUCCCUCGCCCCGGCGACAGCUCUCCCUCCUCGUCGCAGCCCAAUGGCAAUGGCGCCAGCGACUCGUCCUCCUCUCCGAGACACUCGUCAUCCAGCGCCCAUCCGCCGCCGCCCCCCGCUACCCCUCCCACCGCGCGUCCAAGCCUCUUCUCGCGCCUGAGCCUGCCCCUGCCCUUGCGAAAUCGAAAUCGCAACCUCGUCGACUUUCACAUCCGCUGCGAUGAGCCCUACAAAAAGUACUGCGCCGGCGACUCGGUUCGCGGCGUCGUCGUCCUUGCUCUUGUCAAGCCCAUGCGCAUAACCCACCUCGUCGUCUCCCUCCACGGCUACGUUCGCGUGCUCAAGGAUCCCGCCUCGGCCGCCAAAGCACAUCUCCCUCCGGCGUUGGCCUCAAACGGUCCCUCCAACCGCCCGCAAUAUCACGGCAAUGGCUUGGCCAGUCUGUUUCAGGACGAGCAGGUCCUCAGCGGAGAGGGCAGGAUUGACACUGGUCGCUACGAGUUUGGCUUCGAGCUAGUCUUUCCAGACAAGGAACUGCCGAGCAGCAUUGAUUUUGAGCGCGGAACGAUAUCCUACAUGAUCACGGCCACAUUAACGAGACCGACGACAAUAGCCCCUACGACGACGUGUGACAGAAGGGUGACGCUGUCACAGAUGAUAGACAUAGGCCUGCUUCCGCCCCCACGGCCGAGGACCAUAUUCCUAGAGCCAAUAUCGAAGCGCUCGCGGAGGAAAAAGCCGCCCGCGGUGGAAAAAUCCACCUCCAGCAUUUCAGAGGCCAACGACGUAGCCUCCGAAGCCGACUCGGUCGAUCGGUCAGUCGCGGCGGACGAGGUUGCCCGCGAGCCCCAGGCCGAUCAACGGAGCCAGAUUACGAGCGAUAUGCGCAGUGAGAUAAGUGGCGAGAGCGGCCGCAGUGCCAGCACGGCCGUGAGUCGGAUCGACCUCGCCCAGCUCUCCCAAGUCGGGUCGGCCAUGACAUCGGCAGCGAAGCAGCAAGUAGUGGACGACAAGACCAUCACGGCUACCAUCACGCUGAUAAAGGGGGGUUGUUUGCCCGGCGACAGCGUUUCCGUCAAGAUCAUGGUUCAGCACAUAAAGCGCGUCAAAAGCAUGACUGGCGUCAUCGUGACGCUUUUUCGGCAGGGCAAGAUGGACACAUCGCCGUCACCGGCCGCAUUCAGGGACUUUGGUUUUGGCGAAACACGUGGCGGAGACAGGGGCGAAAUGUAUCCACGGUCACGGACGGGCCUCGGAGGACUAUCGCUCUCGUCGCAAGGCUCCAUGAGCAUGUUCCGCAAGGACUUGGACCAGAACGCGGCGCCACUCAUCAUCGACCCUGUCUCGUUGCAGGCGUCCGUCACCGUCUCCGUAAGGGUGCCCGACGACGCUUUCCCCACGAUCAAGGGGGUGCCGGGGGACAUGAUCAGCUUCAAGUACCAGGUGGAGGUGGUGGUUGACCUGGGUGGCCGGCUGGCGAGCCAGCUCCAAGGCGGCCAGUCCACAUCGAGGCUCGGGCCAUACGGAUACAGCGGCUCCAACCAAACGAGCAACACGUACGGGCCUAGGCAGCCGAUCAAUAUCGCCGACACGGCACAGCUGAGGAGGGAGAAGGGAGUCAUCUCGGUAUCGAUGGAGACGGUCGUGGGCAGCAUGGACAGCUCCAGGAUCCGCAAGCCAAUGACAAGGCCACAAGACACGAGGGCAAUACGCAUCGCCGAGAGCGAUGACGAGGAAGUCAUCCGUCCAGAGGCGCCACACCACAACGAGGCCUCGCCUAGCUACUUUGAAACAAAUGGUCAGUCGCAGCCGAACGGAUACCAAUCCGUGCCUCGGACGGGGCAGCUGUCGUACCAGCAUGCGGCGCAGCCCGGUCUGUCUAUGCCCGCCAACGGCUAUCACCCCGCCGCCGCGCCCUCAUACGUCCCGCCGCCAGAGGUCCCCAACGAGCAUGGCAUGAGCGAGAAAGAGCGCAUAAGACAGGCGGAAACGCGUCUGCUUCCCAGUCAGCCACCAGCGUCUGCAGCGGCGGGCCCAUCGUCGGCGCCCGUGGAGGAUGACAUAUACGACGCUGAAGACACGCCACGGAUGCAAGCCUUGGGGCCAAGCGUGCCUUCCAAUGACGAUGCAGAGGCCGGACCUUCGGCACCAACGGAGGAGGAGAUGGAGGUGGCGCAGCCGACGGAGGACAAGCAGGAGCUCGAGCGUCAGCGGCUGAUGAACGAAGCCAGCGCGCCGCCCGUGUUCCCCGACGACGCGGACGGGCGAGGUGCAGGCUCGUCGUCUCAUGACGCGCCGGAGGACGCCGAACCGUCAGCGCCGAUCCUCAACGAAGACGAGGACGACUACCCAAGCUACGGCGCCGGCGCCGGCCCAUCUGCGGCGAGAAGCGCCACCAGCCACGCGGAGCAGCUACCGGCGUACGAGCGGUGACGAGACACGUUGACUACGCUCACGGGAGGAAUUUCUGGAUAGAUACGUAACAAAAGACGCGUGGGAGAGACUGGCAGAACGUACUGUCGCGGGUUGGUGCGGUUGUUGCUUGAAGAAACUGACCGAUAUGGGCAGGUGAGCGGUCCCAUCUUGUUAGGCCCCCGAUAUCUUUGGUCGCUCGGCGUUGGGAAGAGCGUUCAAUCACGGGCAGCUUGGCCUAGGAAAGGCACGAAGCAUAAAACGGUGUUUUAUGAGGACACUUUAUGGCAAUGAAUACCACCGCUUGUAGUGGCGAAGCUGCAAAAGCAGCUACAAUACAUUCG